AUGUCAGAUCUCCUGAAAUGCGUCUUACCGAACAUAAAAACAUCGCUAUUACAAGUCGAAAACACUACUGGUCGCUCCACACCGCUGCAUUGGGCAGCAGUAAAUGCCCAUCUUGCAGUAGCUCAGGCACUCGUCUCCCACCCAAAUGGACCUGGGCCUCUCCUUAUUGAUGCCCAUAAUGCCGCAGGCUUAAGUCCAUUAGGUGAAGCCGAGCUUGCAGGAGCGGACGAUGUCGCUAAAUGGUUCGUGGAGGUGAUGAAUAUUCGUCAAGAGGAUAUAAUGGAGGCGGAGACAACAGAAGAGAUAGAUACAUCCAAAGGGGAUGAAGCACAGAAAGUGGUUCAAGGCAAGAAGUUACCUGAUGGGGUUAAAAAUAUGACCCUUGAAGAGAAGGAUAAAUCGAAGGCGAGCUAA